UUUGUUCUAUUGACUUACAUUAAGUUUGAUCCGUGGUUAAUAAUAAACGCUAGUUUCACAGUCUGUGCAUUAUACUCUGAUCUUCCUUACAGGUGGUUAGCCACGACUCAGUUCCAGGCCACAUAUGCUAGAAGAGCAUUCCCAUGUUUUGACGAGCCCAAGUUUAAAGCAACCUUCCAAAUUACGCUGGUCCGGUGGAAGAAUAUGACCUCAUUAUCCAACAUGCCUAUUAAUAGAACAGUUGUCCGGGGCGAUGACUGGGUGGCAGAUGUUUACCAAACCACAGUUAGAAUGUCUACAUACCUGCUAGCUUUUAUAGUCAGCGAUUUCAAGAGCAAGUCGAACGCUGCAGGAAAUUUUCGAGUCUGGGCCCGUCCUGAACUAACUGACUCACUUGCCUACAGCUUACAGUUAGGAGAGAGGGUUUUAAAGCACUAUGAGGGUUAUUUCAACAUUAAAUAUCCACUACCUAAGACAGAUUUGGUCGCUGUUCCGGAUUUCAGCGCAGGCGCCAUGGAGAAUUGGGGAAUCGUUAUCUUCCGGGAACGAUACCUGUCGUAUGAUAAGAAAGUCUCAUCAGGAAGAAACAAACAGAACGUUGCAAGAAUUAUAGCCCAUGAACUUGCCCAUCAGUGGUUCGGAAACCUGGUAACGCCUGAAUGGUGGGACGAUCUGUGGCUGAACGAAGGUUUUGCGAGCUACGUAGAGUACCUGGGAACGAUGGCUGUGGAGAAAGAUUGGAAAAUGGAUGAACAGUUUAUAGUGAACACUCUCCAGUCAGUUAUGGCUUUGGACAGCUUAAAGAAUUCUCACCCGAUUUCUGUGCCUGUAAACCAUCCAGAUGAAAUUUCUGAGAUUUUUGAUGGAAUAUCUUACUCAAAGGGAGCCAGUAUUAUUAGGAUGAUGAAUCAUUUCCUCGGUGAAGAGAACUUUAGAACAGGUUUAACAAAAUAUUUGAUCGACAGAUCAUACAAAAAUGCUGUUCAAGAUGACCUUUGGAAACAUCUUACAAUGGUCCAAAAUGUUGUCAAGGAAGAAGACAGAAUUAACGUCAAAACAGUUAUGGAUUCUUGGACCUUACAAACCGGAUAUCCACUACUUACAGUGACACGUGACUAUAGGCAAGGCAUUGCAACUAUUACUCAGAAUCGUUUUCUCUUAGAAAAUCAAGGAAACAACAGCAUCAGCGACACCAAGUGGGAGGUACCAGUAACUUACACGGACUCAAAGGAAAGAAACUGGAAAAAUACUACUACCCGUCUGUGGCUUCAUAAAACGAACGGCAAGUUAGAGAACCUUGCAGGACCUAACCAAUGGCUAGUGGUAAAUGUACAAGAAGUGGGAUAUUACAGAGUAAAUUAUGACAUCCAGAACUGGAAGCUUAUCAUCAACCAACUUGUAGAAGAUCAUCAAGCCAUCCAUGUCAUAAACAGGGCCCAAAUAAUUAAUGAUGCAAUGAACUUGGCUAGGGUUAGUGUGGUGCCUUAUGAGUUGGCACUAAACACCACUCUCUACCUGAAUAAUGAAAAAGAAUAUAUCCCCUGGGCAGCUGUACUGAGUUCAUUUUCUUAUCUCAAUUCCAUGCUAUGUCGAAGUAGUGUCUAUGGAAAAUGGAAGAAAUAUGUUAAAACACAAAUAGAUAGCAUGUACAAAGAACUUGGGUGGGAUGAAAAACAAGAAGAUGAUUUACUAACACAGUGAGUAUCUCCAUUGUUAAU